AUGACGCCACCACCUCUGACCGGACCUUUAUGCACCAGGCCAUCUCUUACUCGGGACCUGCGAAACCUCGGCCUGAAACCACAAGAUACGGUCCUGGUCCACUGCUCCCUUAAGAGCAUAGGAUGGAUCAACGGCGGAGCUGAAGCUCUUGCCCAAGCUCUGCUCGAUAUCCUUACACCCGAAGGAACCCUCGUUGUUCCAACACACACCAGCAGCAACUCAGAUCCAUCGAAUUGGGUCAACCCACCUGUGCCAAAAGAAUGGUGGCAGUCUAUUCGCGAAACCAGGCCUGCAUUCAAUCCCCAAACAACUCGAAGUGAACACAUGGGUGUAUUGGCCGAGACAGUGAGAACAUGGCCAGGUGCAGUGAGAAGUACGCACCCUCAUACUUCAUUUGCUGCAAUUGGUGCAAAGGCGGAGUUCAUCACACACGGACAUGAGGUGGAUAGCAUGCUGGGGGAAAAGAGUCCCCUAGCUCGUUUGGAAGAGCUGAACGCCAAAGUUUUACUCAUCGGCGUUGGGUUCGAUCGCUGCACUUGCUUUCAUCUUGCAGAGUACAGAGUUAACUCACCAAAGGCUGAUAUCUCAUUCGCAGUUGCAGUCAACGGAACUAGAGAAUGGGCGACUGUAUCAGACGUCAGUGUCAAUGAGGAAGACUUUUUGGAACUGGGAAAGGAUUUUGUUAAGCAAAAUGGUGUGACGAAAGGUCAAAUCGGUGCAGCAAACUGCCAUUUGUUUUCUUUACCCCAGGCUGUCAAAUUUGCUGAACAGUGGUUUCUGUCCAAUCGAACACCAACUCCCUAG